GGACAUUGAACUUGUUCCAUCCAAAUGAAACCCAGCAACAAAGCGUCACAAUUUAUAAUUUGAUGAGAAGUAAAUUAAACAAAGGAAAAAAAGAAUAAAAAACAAUGCACUAACCAAGUGCAUAUAGUAGCAGGCCACACGAUUAACACCCUCAUUCAUUUUGCAUACAAAUUUACCUCUCAUAUCAAACACCUAAGCCGAUUCCACCCCCAUAUGACAGCUUUAUAAGUGUGUUCGAAAAGAAAGUCCUGCAUACGAUUUAUGUUCUGGGUUGAGGGUUUCGUUUUAAUAGUCAACAAAAAAAUCGAACGAAGAAGAUACCGUCAGUACUCGUUUAACUUGUCAUUGAUCAGGAAUCGCGCUCUAACCUUUUAGAAUGGAGGAUAAAUAUAGAACAAAUGAACAUUGAAGCCUCAGCACGUAAGGAAGGAUUAAGGUUAUAUUAUAAGCUUCAAAAAAAAAACUUGGCUUCUCAGGAUGCUUGGUAAAAGUUGUUUUCAUAAACUCUCAUCCGAAAUCAAAGCAAAACUCAGAGUGCAAUAAAUAUCCAUAAAUUCUAUAUUCAAACCUUGGCAGAAAGAUACUACUACAAGUCUAUGAAUAAAUAUCAUCAGGUGGUUUCUUGAUGAGACAACGGUUACCAAGUAGCUUCUACCAUUUUAUUGAUUAACAAACUUCCAUGGUACACAUAACUUUUUCACAUUUACCUAAAAGGACUUUCAAUUUUACCUCACCAUUUAUCCCAGCAAUCAUAUUAUAACACUUUUGUUUCUGUUUUAUUUCAAAAUUACUAACUUUCAACUUCAGCCACCAUGGAGUACCAAUAUAAAAAAGAACGUCGUUCCUUUGGUCAACAGCAUAGUUUUCAAGAUAAAGAUGAAAUUAUCUUUACCGAAACAUCGAAUCGAGAAAUGUGCAAAGAUUACAUACUACGAAAUCCAGUUGAUCGAAUGACCCAAUUUACAAAUCAAAUGUCUGCCAGUGUGGCUAAUACAGAAAGAGCUACAUUCAAACAUUGUGGCAUAACUCACAAUGAGGGCGGAUGGCCCAAGGACAUCAAUAUGCUAGAUCCUGAACAGACAGUCAGGUAUAAGCGAAAAAUUGAAAAAGACGAAAACUACAUAACUCAAGUUAUGAACUUGACAAAACCCAUGGAGCAUUAUAUUCAUCAGAAUAAUGCAGUCAAUAUCUAUGAGAAUUACUUUGAGGAUUUGGAUCCAGCACCAUUACCAGAACCAUGUCGAUCUCGUACGGUGAAUGUUUAUCGAGAUCCGAAUACUUUUAAAGUUCCAGUGACACAUUUGUCAUGGUCACCAGAUGGUGGUAUAAGGUUAGCAGCUAGUCAUUGUGACAUGAAGUUCCAAGGGGAAAAAUCUGGACAACUAACCAAUUCGUAUAUUUGGGAGAUUGAGAACCCAAAUGAACCGUUGGUUACAUUGGAACCGAAAGUUCCCUGUGUUUGUCUCGAAUAUAAUCAAAAGGAUCCAACAAGUUUGGUAAGUGGGAUGUACAAUGGACAGGUUGCUGCAUGGGAUACACGUCAUGGACGUUAUCCAGUGAUGAUAAGCGAAAGGGAAGUUUGCCAUCGUGAUCCGGUGAAUUCGAUUCUUUGGAAUAACUCCAAAAGUGGCACUGAAUUUUUCUCAGGAUCUUCAGAUGGUCAGGUUCUAUGGUGGGAUACUAGAAAGCUUAAUGAACCAUUAGACAAACUUCUAAUGGAUCCUGUAAGAACAGACGAACAGGAUCUUUCCCGGUCAUAUGGGAUUUCAGUAUUGGAAUAUGAAACAACAAUCCCAACAAGGUUCAUGUGUGGCACAGAAAUGGGAAUGUUGUUUUGUUGUAAUCGCAAGGGCAAGACGCCAAUGGAAAAAAUACAAAUAAGGAUGAUGUGCCAUUUGGGACCAGUAUACGCUAUUACUAGAAACCCGGCAUUUGUAAAGAAUUUCCUAACGGUUGGAGAUUGGACUGCCCGAAUUUGGUCAGAAGACUGUCGGGAAAGUUCUAUUAUCUGGACAAAAAGUAGUGCUGCGAUGUUAACAGAUGGAGCAUGGAGUUACACCAAAGUAUCUCAAUUUUUUGUGACCCGGAUGGAUGGAGUUUUAGAUGCUUGGGAUUUGCUGCAGCAGCAAAAUGAACCGGUUUUAAGUGUUAAGGUAUGUGACGAACCACUUUUGUGUCUGCGGACAAAUGAGAAUGGGAAAUAUGUGAGUUGUGGUAGUCAGAAGGGUGCAACUUUUCUCAUUGAGGUGUCGGAGAAUAUGCAACACUCGUCCAAGAAUGACAAACCAUUGCUUACGGCGAUGUUUGAACGUGAAAAUCGUCGUGAGAAGAUUCUUGAAGCAAAAUCUCGAGAAAUUAAACUUAAAGUAAAGGUCGCCCAUGGACCAGAGCAGGGUGAUCUAACGAUGCUUAACGGCAAAGUAAAUGUGCAACCGUUUAAAAGUGCAUGUGAACAAGCUGAAGCUGAAUAUUUUGCAGCUGUUGAACAAGAAAGACUUCGUCGUAUACCUGGCAACAAGCAGGAUGUGGAUGAGGCUGAUGUGUCGGAAGGUGAAAGUUCGAAAGCUUAAUACUUUGUUGAAAACACCCGCAACUUUUGAAUUUAUUUAUUUAGUGUAUGUUCAUUAUUUAUAGAAGUGUGUUUGAAUUAUUUAAUAAUAUUGUUAAAAAAAAAUUUUAGCUAAUACAAGUUUCUCUAAGAAAAUGCUUCUCUUAUUUCAACAUGAUCCUCCUUGGAAAUAAAUCCGGUAGGAGAUUAUCUCAUGCAUGGUAUUCUUCGACACACAUGUGGCAUGAUUUUUGAACAAAAAACUAAUACUAUGCUUCCAACUACCCUAAAUUCGAGAUUUGGCUAAGUAGAUUUAGAAGUAAUCUCGAGAUUUAUUCUUAAUCUAUUUCGCUAAAUCUCGGAUUUGGGUUCACAUACAAUAAAUCCCAUAGGUAAUUAACAGGGUGAUUUGGGUGAUUCCCUAGAGUCUAGAGGACAAACUGAAAUUUUUUUUUAGGACCAAAAUUAACGGUACCU